UCCUGGAACUGAGAAAUGCAGAACAUGGAAAAUCAAGACCCUGCUGUUGUUGAAGUAAUAAAGGAAUCGGGCGAGUCCACUCUGGAAAAGGCUACAGCAAAAGCUAAAACAAAAUUUGACCAGUUUAUGAACGUCUCACUUAACAUCGCUGUGACUGGAAAGACAGGAUCAGGAAAAUCCUCCUUUGUAAAUGCAUUUAGAGGUCUACAGGAUGACGAUGAUGGAGCAGCACCUACUGGAGUCACAGAAACUACAGUGGAGCCCACCAUGUAUGAACAUCCUGAAAUGCCAAAUGUGAAGAUCUAUGACCUGCCUGGAAUAGGAAGCCCAAACUUCAAAGCAAAAAAAUACCUGAAAGACGUCAAUUUUAACACCUAUGAUUUCUUCAUUAUCCUUAACUCAGAGAGGUUCAUGGAGAAUGACAUCAUGCUGGCUAAAGAAAUAAGAAAACAGAAGAAAAGCUUUUAUUUUGUUCGUUCCAAGAUUGACAAUGACAUGUCUUCAGAGAAAAAGAAAAAAGGAUUUGAUGAGCAGAAGGUUCUUUCCAUAAUAAGAGAGGAUUGUCAGAAAAACCUGAAAGAACUGGGAGACCCCAAAGUUUUCUUGAUAUCGUCUUGUGAUUUGGAGAAAUAUGAUUUUGAAUCUCUUCAAAACACUCUCGAAGAUGAGCUUCCAGAACACAAGAAGUAUGCUCUUCUACAAGCCUGGCCAGUGUGUUCUGCUGCAUCUCUUGAGAAGAAGAUCAAUAUGUUUAAAUGGAUGAUCUGGGCUGCAUCUCUUGCCUCUGCUGCUGUAGCAGUUGUCCCUGUGCCUGGUGUAUCAGCAGCAUGUGAUGCAGGCAUGGUCGUGCUUUUCCUCACAAGGUGCUACUUUGCAUUUGGUUUGGAUGAUAGAUCACUGACAAGGCUUUCCAAAAAAGUUAACAAGCCCCACCUGAAAGAUCUGGCCCAAUCUAAAUUUGUUACUGCAAUCCGAGAAAAAGCACUGAUCAGAUUGCAAGCGUCUGCUGCGCUCGCUACCAUUUCUACUGUUGAAUAUUUGUUGAGUCUUCUUCCAGGUGUAGGCAGUGCUGCUGCUGCAGGAAUAUCCUUCGCUACCACUCAGUACCUCUUGAGAGAAGGAGUAAAUGAUCUGGCAAAUACGGCUCGAGUAAUCAGAAAUGAAGCUGGGAUUGCUUUUGUUCAUUGAUCUGUCCAGUAGAGCAUCUAAAGAUUUUCUGCCUCUGAGUAAAUGAGAUGAUGUAUAUUAAGAUAAUGUGCUGAUGCUGAGUUCAGCAAAAAAAUUAAAACAAAACUGUCUUCAUAAUAUUAAAAUAAUCUAUGCUAAUGUCCAAGCAAACUAUACACUGGAAUAUAUGAUCACUUUAAUUUGUUGCUGC